UUGUAUUGACUUAUAGUCAAUUGGCUUCCUCUUACCAUAUGUGUCAGUCUUAGACAAAUAACAUCUCAACAGAAUUCCAAGGCAUUUCUGAGGAUUUUUAGUACUUUGUUUGGUGGUGUUUGUUGGGUUUUUUUUUUCCAGUGGUGCAGUCCUGCUGUCUAUUGUGAGUUUAAUGUUUUUUAAGCAGUUUUGACAUAAGCAGAAUUGGUUACGUUAUCACACCCCUGCUUCUCCCAUGUAAACGUUUGUGUGGGAAUUUUUAUGUGAGGUUUAAAAAAACAUUUUGAAAGAAGUUCUGGAGAUAGGUAAGAAUCUGGGUACACUCACUGUUCCGUUUUUCUUUAUGGUCUGUUAAGUAAUUUUUGUUUCAUAUUGUAUAUGUCACUACAGUGUAUAAAAUGGGUAGAUUUGGGUUUUUUUUAAUAACUUACGAUUUGGAUGAUUUAGGUUGCAAUAAGUAGUAAAGCCUGCAAAAGUAGCUGAUUAUUGAAUGUCAGAUGUUAAUGAAAAGCAUAACAAUGUGAAAACUAUUUUCCAAACAGUGCCAAACGUGUUCACUUUACAGCUGGGCAAAUAGAAAAGAAAAUCUGCAAUAUUAAAAUUAAGAGGAGAAAAUGAUUUUUUUUUUAAUUCUGAGUAUGUAGAAAUUGUUUUAGUCUUGUAAAGGCAAUCAAAAAUGAAAUACAUCUUUUCUAAAGUUUUAGCAAUGAGAUGAUGUUGUUUUAUUGUUUUCUCAUAACUGCUCUCUUAGUUACAGUUAAUGGAGGCCUAGAAUUUCAUGGGGUAGAUUGUUGCGGGGUUGUUGAUUUAGGCUUAAGUUAAACAAAGCCUGUCCACAUCUCUUCAAAACAGUUCAGUGUUUGUGCUUAGUUUUUCAUGCAGUUUGAAUUUAAAUCCAUUAAAAUUAAUAGUCCUUUAUUAUUCACAUAAGGUGAUCUUUUACUUUACUACUUUGAGGACUGGAAAAGAUUGUUGGAUUGGGGUCUCACAUCUGUUUGUUCAGGAAAAUUAAGCAGUGGGCACAUAACAGCUUACUAACUGUGUGGAUAACUGUGAAAAAGACACUCUUUUUGUAAACUCUUCUGUACAGAUCUUUUGCAAUAUAUGAACUUUCUUAGGGCUGCAGGGAGCAGGCAAAGGGAAACAAGGGGAAAAAAAAGAGCAAAGCCACAAAUGUUUGAACUUGUGUAACUGUUUAAGCUCUACUGUUUGUCAUUUAGCAGAUGUAUAGCGUCAAGAAUAAUUUUUCAAAGGGCAAACCUGUCAGAAUAGCUUAAUUAAUAUAAAAAGUCAGAACACUGAUGGAAAGCUUUGAAAACAUCCCCUAAGGCAGCAGGGUUAGAGCAACAUCAGAAAGUUAAGUAAUCAAUAAAAAUAAAUUAGUUUUAAUUAAGUUAAUGGCAAUUAGAUCGUAUACUUCGGAGUAUGAGAGUAUUAUUACAGCUAUCAGUAAAAUGUUUUCUCUAUGCACAGCAUUAGACAAAUGGACAUUUGUAUUGUGGAAUAGUAGUGGAUAUUUGCUUUGUUUUCCCUAGUUUCAGGUGUUGGCUACUGCCAUAUACACGCUGUAGAUUUGAUUUAAUUUGAUACUGUAGCAGCGGUGGUAAAUCUUAACAGCAUUUUUAUUUAUAAAAUUGCUGUUGGAAAUUUAUUCUUUCACUUUCAAAUCUUUCUAUUGCUUUUAUGGGUACAGAAUACCAAAAACGUGUAGAAAGAAGAACCUGUAGUACCUUUGAAUACACAAGAAACUUUUAGCUGACUUUGUAAAACACUCCUCCCACUCAUACUAACUUACUGGUACAGUGCUAAAGUAACAGAAGGUGAGCCAUCAUCAUGCUCUUGGAAAGUGCUUAAUCUGUAUAGACAUAUAUAUACUGUAUGUAUGUUGUAAUGGGGUCUAGCUAUUGCUUUUUUAUUGCUAAGCAGAGAAUUGAAAACCUGCAAGGCAGUCUUUAAAACAGUUUCCUACUCAACUUCUUUAAAAACAGGGGGUUCUUCACAUUAACUUGACCUUGUGUGUUUUUGUUUUGCAAUCCAUUAAAAUUAAUGUGAGAGGCAAGUUGGUAAGGUAAAGUACUGCUUAAAGAUCUGAGCUAGAAUUAGAAGAUUUUCUCUACUUUUUAUCUACUUAUUAACCUUUCUAGUCAUAUUUAAUUCUCUUUAAAAUACUAUAUGCUGGAUGCACGUAUGAUUUGAUUUGUAAUGAAUUCUAGAGGCCCAUUCUUGGGUUUAGAUUGCAAACAGCAAUCUCACCGUUUCCUUGUAACAGCCUGCAUUUUAGGAUGCUCUCAUGAGUCAAAUUAGCCACAACACUGCAUCUCUUGAGAUGUACUAGGAGCUCAGAGGAAAGGGCAUUUUCUGAGCCCUGGCUCUUGGUCCUGAUUUCUCUCAGGUAACAGUGGAUCUGAGGUAUUUUGCAGGGGCUAAGAAGGUUCACAGUUGCAGUAGGCUCUCAAAAGGUCUGUGGCACAGGUCAGACCUUAUGCCCUCACCUUUCAAAGGCUGGGCUGGCCAUUUUGGUCUGGAAACUUCCUGGGUUCACUGCCUUCCAUAGUGUCCUUAUUGAGAGAAAGGUUUUGAGUGUUUCACCACUGAGUGUAUUUCAUGCUUCUUUUUUCAUUUUUGAGGGAGUUUCAGUUUUGCUCUUGUGUAGUAUCUGAAUGUAAUGUCCAACAAAAUAGUUCCCAUUCUUGAGGGUUUAGACAAAAGAGUCUAGACAAAAGGUGUAGAGCUGCCUUUUAUGCUUGGCUUUCUGAUGGCAGAUUUUACAGAUUUCUGUUUCCUUUUUCUUUUGGAAGUGUGUGGGUAUGUGUACCCAGCUGUUGGUGAUCUAGUACCUUUGACACGAAGGUUAAUGGCAUGCUGUCACAUGCUGAGUCCUUAUCAGUACUGAUCAGUUCCAUGCUGAUUUACCUCAUUUUCACACUGGAGAGUUUUGGCAUGCAAACCCAUGUAAGGACCUCUUCCUUGGAAAGUACUGAACUACACCUGCAUCUGCUAGCAGUGGUACAUGGUCACACUACUGUGUGAAUUACUCUUUCUCUGGACAAGGCUAACUCAAGUAUGGACAUCAAUUCAUGGCAUAGUACCUACCAUGCUCCUCUCUGGUCCAGUUUCUGUUCCUUUGACUUGAGUUGAUACUUUUUUUUGGAAGUCUUCGCUAUAUACAGAUUUGUCUGUAUCUAUCAAGAGGUUCUUGGAACAUUUCUCAGAAGAACAAUCACACCUGCAAACUGGCCUCAUGUAGGUAACACUGAGCAUGUGUGAAUAUCCAGGACAUUGAGGUGGUAUUAGUGUCUGUUGGACUCUGAGAGCCAAAUAUAAGAGCACCUUGCCAAUCAGUGUACCAGUUGUUUCCUGGGGCAGUACCGAGAGAGGAUAAAGAAGAUGCACUAUAGUGUCUGGGAUAAUAGUAGACCUCCCAGACAUGGAAGAAAAUCCUGCCUCACUUAUGGCACUUUGGAAUCAGCAACAAGAAGGGUACCCAUAAAUUUUCUGUUGGGAGAAGAGAGGAUACUCCAUUCAGACUCAGGAUCUGAAUACAGACCAGGACAUGUCUGAGACUGUGCUGGGCAUCCAGAUCUCUUUGUAGAGACAGAAACUCCAGAGACAGCAGCCAAGUGGGUUUGGGAUGAGAGAAGCUCAGGAAAUAAGGGAGUCUACACAAGAUGCUACAAAUUUACCAAGGCCACAGUUGGAGAAUUCUGGCUCUCUAGCUGAAGCAUUUGUUCAGAUGUCUGGCAACAUAAGUGAUGAUUCUUGACAAAUUUUCCUGUCAACAAAUGGAAAGCAAGGAAAACAUGUUGCAUUUUGACUUCUAGAGAGACAUGGGAAGGGACAGUGGAAUUUACAAAAUGCAUUCAGGAAAAUGGAAGUUUGAAGAUGAUAAUCUAAACUGAUUUUCUGACUGCCAAGACAAGUCUAGGGAAGAGGACAGAGAAACUAUGGCAGGGAGACUGCAUAAUGGGGAAAAGAAGCUGGAAGAGCAAGAGUUCCAGCAGGAGCUCUUCAGGGAGUACAUGCAUUGCCCGAAGGCAGGCUGCACGGCUUUAAGACAACAGCAGAAAAGAAGAAAUGGAGUCUCAAUGAUGGUAAACAAGACUGUUCCUCGUGUUGUUUUGACACCAUUAAAGGUGUCUGACGAGCAGUCGGAUUCUCCUUCAGGAUCUGAAUCUAAAAAUGGUGAAGCAGAUGGUUCUGAUAAAGAGAUGAAACAUGGGCAAAAGUCUCCAACUGGAAAACAAACCAGCCAGCACUUAAAGAGGUUAAAAAAAUCUGGUUUAGGACAUUUGAAAUGGACCAAAGCUGAGGAUAUUGACAUAGAAACACCAGGAUCUAUUCUAGUGAACACUAACCUGAGGGCUUUAAUAAAUAAACACACCUUUGCUUCUUUACCUCAGCAUUUUCAACAGUACCUCCUGCUUUUGCUUCCAGAAGUAGACAGGCAGAUGGGAAGUGAUGGUGUUCUGCGCCUCAGUAGUUCCGCUCUAAAUAAUGAAUUCUUCGCAUAUGCAGCACAAGGGUGGAAACAGCGAUUGGCAGAAGGUGAAUUUACACCAGAAAUGCAGCUGCGCAUCAGGCAAGAGAUUGAAAAGGAAAAGAAAACAGAACCUUGGAAAGAAAAAUUCUUUGAAAGGUUUUAUGGUGAAAAACUGGGGUUGUCACGAGGGGAAUCCGUGAAACUCACUGCGGUGCAAAACAAUGACGAAGAUGAAAGCAGUUCUCUGUGUGGAUCUUCUGGCACACCUGGUCCUUCUAAGCAAGGAACCUCUGAGGACCAAGAAGAGAAAGGUGCUGAAAUUCCACCCUUAUCAGAGAGAGAUUAUAGUCCAUCUCUUCCUGGUAUGGAACAGGUUCCUGCCAAGGAUCUAACGGCAGACUCAGAGGAUAUACUGAUACCUGAAGAAUCAAUCAUUCAGGAGGAGAUUGCUGAAGAGGUUGAGACAAGUAUUUGUGAAUGCCAAGAGGAGAACCACAAAACAGAACAUGAAUUUUCUGAAGAGUCAGUUAGCCCAGCUGGCACAAGUGAAGAAACAGAAGCAGUACAACUUACAGACAGCACUGAGUCCUGUGUCACAAUGAAUGAGGUAACUGAUACUGUAUCUCACAUUGAAAUUAAAGUGGAGUUGAAGUCAGAAUGUCCUCAGGAAGAGAUGUCUGUUGUGAUAGAUCAGCUGGAGGAUUGCGUAUCACCAGCACGAUCAGCUUCAUCCACAAACUCUGUCAGUGAUACAGCAGAGAAGGACUCUGAGUCUGCAAAAGAGCUAAUUGCACCAGAAAUGCAAAAUACUGCUGUGGAAGGGUCCUUGUUCACUGGUGGAGGCAUUGCAGUAGAUAUGGAGCUUCAAAGUGACCCUGAGGAGCAGUCAUCUGAGAAUGCCUGUAUUUCUGAAACUUCCUUUUCCUCUGGAAGUCCGGAAGGACCCUGUGUUUGUAUUGCUUCUCCUGGAGGAGACACUCAGUCAACUUCAGAGGAACCCUGUACUCCAGCAUCUCUUGAAACAGCUUGCUCAUCCGAAGUGUCCAGUACUGAAAACAUUGAAGGUGAUAUUCAGCAAAAGGCCAGUGAUGAAAACUUGCCCACACCUCUAAUGUCAGAAAUCUCUCCAAUGUCCACCUCACCUGUAACCUCAGAAGCAUCUCUGAUGUCAAAUCUACCUUUAACAUCAGAGGCAUCACCAGCUUCUAAUUUACCUUUAACAUCAGAAACAUCUCCUAUGUCCGAUUUGCCUUUAAUGUCAGAGACAUCUUCAGUAUCUUCUGUUCUUCUAACUUCAGAAACAUCCAUGGCAAACAGUUUGCCUCUUCCAUCAGAGACAUCUCCAGUUUCCAAUUCCCCAAACAAUGAAAGACUUAUUCUGCAACAAAGGAAAUCACCAUGUUUGUCAGAAGACUCCCUUCCCACUGUGAAAGAAGAAAGCUCUGCCAUUCCUAAGGUGCUUCAAGAAGAAAAUCUUGUUCUUCAGCCAAAGCAACUUCAGAAUGUCCCUGAAAAUAUGAAAGUUGGUACACUAACAAUUAUACCUGAUACUUCAGUAUUGGAAGAGCCCCAAAACAAAACCCUCAGUGAUCAGCCAUGUAAGUCACAUUCUGAAAUGGAUAAAUCCUACAUUGCACCCAUCCCGGAACACUCUCCUCCAGAGGUGAUGAAAAAUAAAAAUCACAGUGUUCAACAAAGAGGUGACAAGAAGGGUACACUCUUGCCAUCAGAGGUAGCUGUCGAAGUAUCAGUUGGCAAAAAUAUUGAAUUGCUUCCAUCAAAGCCACAUGAUAAACUAUAUACCUCAUCUCUAGAGAAAGCUACAUUCUCUGAAGCAUGCAGAAGUAAAUCUCACAAGCUAACAGGCAGCACCCAAAGCCGUCUGGAGAAUUCACAUUCUUCCAAGUCAUUAGAACCCACAAAAUCACCUGAAGUGAGGAAUGAAAGUAGAGACCCAGAAAUCCCAAAGAGGAAAACAGCAGAACAGCACAGUUUUGGAAUCUGCAAAGAGAAGAGAGCUAGAAUAGAUGAUGAUCAGCCUAACCGAAGUGCUUCAUCAACGAGUCCAUCUGAGAAAGAACAGCCACCCAGGGAAGAACCCCGAGUUCCACCCCUUAAGAUUCAGCUUUCAAAAAUUGGACCACCUUUUAUCAUCAAGAGCCAGCCUGUUUCUAAACCAGAACCUCGAGUUUCCCCAAGUACAUCGGUCAGCAGCGGGAGAAACACUGGUGCUAGAACUCUUGCAGAUAUCAAAGCAAGAGCUCAGCAAGCAAGAGCCCAAAGAGAAGCUGCAGCUGCAGCAGCCGUGGCAGCAGCUGCGAGCAUAGUCUCUGGAGCAAUGGGGACCCCAUGCGAAGGUGGGAAGACAAGAACUCUGGCACACAUCAAGGAGCAAACAAAGGCCAAGCUAUUUGCAAAGCAUCAAGCCAGAGCUCAUUUACUCCAGACCAAUAAAGAAUCAAAGUCGCAGUUCAGCUCAAAGGAAAGUACCUCAUCUCUGGAGAUACCAACGUCUACUGACACAAAAAUUGAGGGUUCUACUGGUGUCAUUAUAGUUAAUCCUAACUGCAGGUCCCCUAGCAACAAGUCUGCUCAUCACCGUGAGACGACCACUUUAUUGCAGCCGUCACUUAGCACAGCUACAUUACCAGAAACUGCUACUGAGAUACCUGUGCACAGUUCUGAUGAAAAUAUACCUAUGCCACAAUUGUGUGAGAAAAUUAUUUCAUCUACCUCUACUGAAAGUAACAGUGUGCCAGUGCUUUAUAAUAAAAGUUCAGUCUCUGUGUGUGUUUGCAGCACUGCUAUGUCUGGAGCAAUUAAAGAACUUUCUUUUGCAAGUUCUGUUGAUAAAUCCUCUGUUUUAAUGUCUGUUGACAGCGCAAACACAGCAGUUUCAGCUUGUAAUAUAAAUAUGCUGAAAACCAUCCAAGGGGCUGAUACUCCAUGCAUAACCAUUGGACCAAAAUGUAUUGAUAACAGUAAUGUACCAGUCUCCAUAGACAAUACAGUCUUAUCAAAUGCCAUUGAUGACAAACGGUUGCCGAUACCGAGUAGCAAUGUGAAUAACACAGUCUCCACUCAUUAUGCCACUGUGCCAGCUUCAUCUAUUGCAAAUAACUUGCCAAAUCAUCUCCCUGGUAGUUCUGUACUGAUUCCCCCAGUGGGGACUACCAACAGAUUUUCUUCUGAUAAGAUAGCCAUAACUGGGUGUAAUGAGCAAAGCACUGUCUCCAUUCACGCUACUGUUAGGUCAGCUUUAAGUUGCAGUGAGGCCCUUGCAGUAGCCGAUCCUGUUGCAAGGCCACCCAUGUCAAUGUUUACUGGUAACAUGGUGACAAUAAACUCUUAUGAUAAUGCUAUUAAAUUAAAUGCUGAUCUCUUAGAAAAAAGCUCUGGAGCACGAAACCGAAUGGAUCUCCCUGGUAAAUCUCAGCCAGUGACCUUUACACAAACUGCCAUGAACAGGUCUAUACCUUGCAAAGUCAUUGUCGACCACACUACAACUCUGAAUUCCAGUCUGUCACUUUCUUCUUCUGUUGAAAAUGCAGAGAACAGCAUUGACCUGCAGAGCAGACCUGUAAGGACAGAAGCUGCCUUACAAAGUAUAGCCUGUCCUCAGGUGUCUGUCAUAAGCAGGCCUGAAGUGCUGUCUAAUGAAAGCCUUGAGCACAGCUCCAGCUUUAUCACCAUUACAGCAAAGCAAGACAGCAAAAACUUGCAAGCAGGUUGUUCAAGUCUUCGAGAAGUGCCUCUUUCUCCUCAAGAUAAAUUAAUUGAGGUGGUUACUCCCAGCCAAGGUUUUCCUGAGCAAUUAAGAGGUCCUUCAGCAUUGAAAAAUGAAGCGGAUGCUGCCUGUGCCAAUCAGUAUAACACUAACAAUAGAAUUUGUUGGCAUGAUGAAGAGGCAAUGAGUACAGACCAGCCAGUGGUCAGCCACCUCAACCCCAGUAAGCAUAAGGAAUACUCAGAGCAAAACUGCUUGAAAAAUGUCAAAACUGAACCUUCCAGUUACACGCAAAUGUCAGAACUGCAAUCCAGGAGUCUUUUGACAAGCAUUGCUGUUCCCGUUAAAUCGGAAACUAAUGAGUCUGACAAGUGCUUCAGGAUGGACACUGAGGAUUUUACAGGAUCUGAAAUGCCUGCCCAGACUGCAGAAAUAUCCACGAGUGCACAGCCGCCGCAGACCUCCAAGACAUCCGUUGCGGACUCCAUGGAAGACUCCCUGCCCCUGACAACAGAAACCCUAAAGAGAGUUACCAGUGCCGGGAGCUCAAGCUGUCGCUUAUCGUCAGUGGAGGCCAACAAUCCUUUAGUGACACAGUUACUGCAAGGCAAUCUGCCUUUAGAGAAAGUGCUGCCGCAGCCCAGAUCAGGAGCCAAACUAGAAAUUAACAGGCUUCCCUUGCCUUUGCAAACUACCUCAGUAUGUAAAACAGCAGUGUCCGAGAGAAAUAGUGUUGAGCAUCCUUCCAACUCUCCUAAUCCAGAUGGUAAAGGUUUUGCAGCAGGCAGCAUAGCCCCACUACAAAUCAGAAAGCGUGAAAACCAUCCGAAAAAGAGGAUGGCCAGGACUGUAGGGGAACAUGCUCAAAUUAAAUGUGAGCCUGGGAAGGUGUCAAUGGACACAGAUGUUAAAGUGGCUCCUUGUGUGAUUAGUUCCAGCAUGAAUCAGCUAGGGCAUGGUCAGCCGUUUAAGCAGGAGUGGCUGAACAAACAUGCCAUUCAGAGCCGAAUUUCUCACAGCCCAGAGAUCAAGCAGCAGAAGAGGCCGUUGCCUUCAUGCAGUUUCCAGCAGAGCCUGUUUCACAUUGAUAAAAAUGGCAGCUUUCACGCAGAAGCUAGUACCUCACAUAGACAGCAUUUUUACCAAAUGUCCAUGGCUGCGAGAGGCCCUGUUCCCACGGCAGCUUUGUUGCAAACUACUUCAAAAGGCCCACCUGGCUGCAACUCAUUUGCUUUUAGCAGGCACCUGGAACAGAAGGGCUUGGGAGACGUGAAUAUUUCUACAGCAGCGCACCAGCUGAGGCUAGGAAGUGUGUUUUCCCCUAAUAUUCCAAUCAAGGAAAGUGAUGACAUUGCCAGUGCCUCUCAAACUCUGCAGAGUAAAACAUUAGUUCAUCCCCCUCCUCCUCCUCCACCCCUGCCACCUCCUCCCCGUCCUCACCCAAAUGCAGAAGUCCCCUCUGAUCAAAAACAACCGACAGUUACUAUGGAAACCACUAAAAGACUUAGUUGGCCUCAGCCAGCAAGCAUCUGUAGCAAUAUAAAAUCUGAACCUAUUUCUUUUGAGGAAGGUUUAAGCAGCAGCUGCGAAAUGGGCAUGAAACAAGCUUCCUAUGAUCAGAAUGAAGUGAAAGAACAGUUGAAAGCGUUUGCAUUAAAGAAUGCAGAUUUCUCUUCCUAUUUACUUUCUGAGCCACAGAAGCCUUUUACCCAACUUGCUGCUCAGAAAAUACAGACGCAGCACCCACAGCAGCAGCAGCAGCAGCAGCAGCUCUGUGGAAAUUACCCAACAAUCCACUUUGGUAGCGCAAGCUUCAAAAGGACAGCAUCUGCAAUUGAGAAAUCGAUUGGGAUUUUAGGAAGUGGCUCCAACGCUGCCACAGGCCUGUCUAACCAGAACGCACAGAUCCCGGUUCAGAAAUUUGCUGACAGUAGCAAUGCCGAUGAACUGGAACUGAAAUGCUCUUGCAGGCUGAAAGCCAUGAUUGUGUGCAAAGGCUGUGGAGCCUUCUGUCACGAUGACUGCAUAGGGCCUUCCAAACUGUGUGUAGCUUGUCUGGUUGUACGGUAGGAACUGAAUCAAAGAUGCAGUAUCCCUUAUCAGCGUGGGAAAGCAGGACAAAGGAAUGCAGAAAUUGGAACAGUUUAGGCCACUAAUGGUUUGCAAUUAGUCAAUUGAUUUGUUUUUAUUAUUAUUUUUAAUAUCUUUUUCUUCAACAUGGUGCUUUCAGAAUUUAGUUAUUCCUGCCUGAGUGCCAUUUUUUUGGGAAGAAGAGGAAACCUGUAGUAGUUGUUUAAGAAAAAAAAGACAUCCUUGUUAGUGAAGUGUCAAUGAGCUAUUUUGCUGUGCUAAAGAAAAAAAAAGGCAUUAAUGCAUGUCAUUUGUAGCUUCUAUUUAUUUGCACAAAGUGCAGCACGUUUUUUUCUCCACUUUUUUGAUAGUUGAUACAAGCUGCAGCUUAAAAAUCGGUGGAAGACUAACUGCAAGAAGUGGAGUAACUAUGCAGAAUGAAUAACACACUGAAUAGUGACUGUUCUGAGGGGGAUAGUGGCAAGGUAUGGGGUAUUGGCCAUUGUAGCUUCUAAGUUCUGUUUGCAGGUUUUCUGCUGAUAGGAUUGCUUUCUUCAACUGACUUUCACUAUCUAGGGCUAAAAUAUAGCUACUUCACUUGGAGGAAAAAAGAAAAAGCAGUUUACAUUGUUAGAGGAGUUUCCUUACAUGCCUGCCAGGGGCUACGGAACUCACAUCUUACUCAUCAUCUCUUCUUGUUGAUUCCUUGGGAAGGAUUUGUGUAUGUGAUGGGUUAGUGGGACCAACACUAGAAUCACACUGGCUUCAGUAGAGUUUGGAGAAAGUAACUUCUCUACUGGGGAUUAAAAAGCUGUCUUCUGUUCCUGUUUCCCACUCAAAUAUUCUUUAUUUGUAUUUGUCUCUUCAUCUGUCCACUUGGUUUGUCAGUCCCAAAUAUAUGUAUUAUAUAUAGGGUCAAAUUUAUGUAAUACAUUCUGGAUGUUCUAGCCUUUCCAUGGCCUAAAAAUGAUGCAUUCUUAUGGUGAAUGAAUAAGAAAAGAGUCUAAUUGCAUAUUGGUUGAAUAUUACUUUAUCAGUUGUUUUCCCUCUUUUGUAAGUUACUCUAUUUAAAUAACAUCUCAAAGUUUUACUAUUUAAAGUAAUUCUUAGAAUUACUUACAGCACUGACUUGUUUUGUUUUCUCAAAGGAAUUCAGACCCCUUAACCUACCUUUUAGAAAUUUGGAAGCAAAAGGCAUUCUUAAAAGGGAUACUGCAUCUUUAAAGUAACCUUCAGUAUUUAUUCUGUACUGUAUUUACAUUCAGGACUAUAGCUGCAUUCCAGAUGCGCUAGCCACUAACAGCAGAGAAGAAAAACAAUGAUUUGGGGCCCCUAUUCACCUAAAAGGAAAAUACUAUAAAGGGAUAAAGCACAUGCAGUUGCUGGGGAGAUGAAAAUACCUUGAGUUUUUUUACUCCCACUUCAAGAACACAAAACAUGGAGUGCAAGUCAUCCAUCUGCCAGUAUGUGGUUGGGUCUGCCCAAAUGUCAGCAUCAGAGAGAAAUGUGUUUUUUUUACCAUUGCUGUAGAACCUCACUAAUCCCAAGACCUUACAGUCUGUUCAAGAAAACUGAUUUUCCUUCCACAGUUUUCAGAGAGCAACGUAGUAAGAAUAUGUGAGAUGUAAUACUGCUUGGAUUUCAUGAUGCAUUUAAGUGUUGCAUUCAAAGGUAUUAAUGUGAAUGAUGGAACUACAUUUAGUAAAUAAAAAGUAUGCUACAUUUUACACUACACUUUUUUUUUAUAUGACCUUUGUUUGCAUACUUAUUCAUAAGCUGUAAUUGGUCUCCCUGCCAUGGGUGCGUAUUAGUGAGGUUCUACUGAAUGGAGGAACCACAUUUAUUUUCUUGUGGGACCAUUUUCAUAAACAUGAUAAAUGCCAUUUAUUGUCUUAAAAGUGAGUUGGAAUAUCUACAACAUACGUUCCUGUCAUAGGAAGCUCUAUGGUGCACCUUGAUGUUCUCUUUUAUUGUAACUAGCAACAUAUCAAGAUUAUUUUUGACACUGUGUGGUACAAAGGCCAUUUAUAAUUACACUAACAAAUUUGUUGCUGAUACAAUAAUAUUAUUUUUUUUCUAUACAAAAGUGCUCCUUAAUAUGACGUGAGUUAAGAAAUGGUUUCUCAGCACUUUCAGGUCUUCUGGUAGGAAAAUAAGCCAGCCAAAAAAAAAGCUUGAAGUAACCACAUGGAAAUCAGCAUCCAGUGUUACACCAGUUUCUAGCAAAACAGUGACUGGAAAAUACUCAUGAUUAAGCAUCAAUGUAGUCAGUUAAUGCAUAUCAAAUUCAUAUUUGAGGAGCCUUUGUAUCGGAAUUGCAUUGUGUUGUAUUUAUACUUGGUAGAGGUAGGAUACUUCUAUUUAAAAUAAAGAGAGCAACCAGUGUUAGACUUCUAAUAGCCUAUGUUUAUAUAAGCCUGCUGGGAAUCCUUAUUUCUAGCUCAGGUUUUCCUGUCCACAGCACAUAAGUCAAUAUUUGUUUGUACUUGCAUCUUGAAAUUCUUCUUGUAUUGACUGACAUAAUACAGGCAUAAAUUCCAGCCACAAAAUAGUUUUACUUUGUUUGAAGGAUAAGAGUGUACUAAUGUGGUAGGUAACUCAUUCAUGUCAUGUUAUUUUUGUAUCAGGAUUGCAACCUGCAUGUGUGAGGUCGUGAUAAAAUGUUAUUUAAAAUGGCAUUAGACUGGAUGGUGCUAUGUUAUGUAUUACACAACUGACCAAACUCUUCUGUAGUGCAGUUCCACUCCUUUCAUUCUUGAGUCACUGGAGUUGCACCAGGAAUAAAUUUGACCAAUUAGUUAGCAACAGUCAUGAAAUGUUGUUGCAGAUUAUAGUUUUAGGAUAUUAAAAUACUCAAAUGCAACUGCGGUGAUAUAGGAGCCUGACUGAACCCUAGUGCGACUGAAAACCUUACUUGGAUUCUGGUAUCGCACAAAUGCUUCAGGGAGAGUGACCCUUGGUCUUCAGUAAGAACAUAAUCACAUUUAGAAGUUAAUUUCAAAUGACUUCUUUUUUCUGUUUGUUUAAUUGUCCAGGUUCCAGGCCCAAUGUCAUUUUAUUUUCUAAUGACCCCGCAGUUUGCACCAUGGGGGUGUUAAUAGUUUAUGCACUGAAAAGUGGUGAAAGAAUUGCUUAAGAACACACUGCUCUGUGUUUGCGUGUAUGUGUCCCAAUGUCCAGCGUGUAUAAUUUGCCUUUACUUUUUUUGUUUUAAAUCUCCAAAAUUCUUCCCCCACUCCUACCCCUGGAGCAGCACUUUUGGGUGAGAGGGAGACUCUUCUUUUCUUUCCUUCCUCUUUAUUGUUUUAAUUGCAUACCUGUGAGAUAUGCAGAUAACGUUAGGGCAUUUGCAGUAUGUGUGUUUGUGUGUUUCUGUUCUGAACUAAUUUUCCAAGCAGAAACUCCCUUUGAAAUAAUGUUUAACAAAAAGAAAUUAAGAAAUGGUGAACUGGAUGCUCCCUGUGUGCAUUUUAUUUAUCUGCUGAGGUCUAGUAUGUGAAAUAGCAUUUAAAAGACAAAAAUAAAGGUUGAGCCAUAAAGCAAAAGGUAUAUUCCCUGUACUAUAGACUUUCUUCUUGAGGGUGGUGCAUGUUGUCAGGGUAAGCUACAGAAUAUGCAGAUGGUUUUCCAGGACCCUGCAAUUCCUUGCACAGUUUUUAAACUGGUGCAUAUGGUGCUUUAUAAUGCAAUUUUUGAAGUAAAAUCACCUUAUGCUGCACCCCCUUCCCCUUAUAAACACACGCACAAUUUCAGAAUUGUUAUUGUAGCCUCUGGUUGAGCAGUUUCUCCAAGGUGUGGUGAAGUACCAGGAUAAACACUCAAGAUGAGUUGAGAAACAUCACCGAAAGGGAUCAUUUUAGCUGACACACGUGAAGGGCCCUGCUCCGAACACUGAGUGACUUCUGCAGUCUCCUGGCAGCAGCUCAGCGGUUCUUCUUCUGUGGCUCUGCAGAACACGGGGGGAAAGGGAAGCAACAAAAUAUUCAGUGGCUUUACCAUGGACCUGUGUAGCUAAAUGUUUCUGAAUCUAUGAAAUCCUGUUGUCUUCUGUCAUCAUGCUUUGUCACUGUAAAACCAACAAAAAGAAAAAAAAGCGUUUUUUUAGUCUAAUUUAAGGAGCUGCUUCUUUUAUAGCACAUAUUUCGCUUUGUACUAUAUUUGAUAGUUAAAGAAUAAUUUAGUCCGUAGGAUAACUUUGUUGUAUUUGUACUGUUCAUGAAUGUUACGAGAAAAGUGCUUUACUUUGUUGCCAUAAUUCUCUUGUACUGCUGUAAAAUAUUUUUCCUGCUUUAUGGAAACUUAAUUCACAUUUUCAGUACAGGGUUUUUUGUGUGUAUGUAUUUUUUUUUUGUUGUCAGUAUUCUGAAUGUUUACAUCUGUUCAACAUUAGCCAUUCUAUGCCUUUUUAGGGCAGUGUUACUCCUGCAGUAUAACAGCAAUGUGAAAUCCACUCGUACCUAACAUGCAUGAGAAAUACAGAUUUACUGGGGAGAUCCCUAACGUGCAUAGAUAUUUUUUCUAUCUGCAUUCAGUGAAGUAAGUACCCUCCUUCAGUCCUCUACCAAAGAAAAUAUUAUUCCCACAGGACAAGCUCAGAAAGUGGUUCUCUGAAUCUUCAGAAGGGGGUGUAGUUGGUUUCAGCGGGGUUGCUACAGUUCAAUGCUGUUAUGCUUUGCUUUGUUACCCCACCGGAUGUGACUGGGUGAAACAAGCAUUUUAGCGUUUUUUUUGGUUCAGGCAGUGUUUUGUUUAGAAUUCAGGGAUCAUGCUUUCUUUAAUGGUGCUCUUUGUUUGUUUGGGUUUUUUUUAAGAAAACAACCUUUUGUUGCCUACAGAAAUGACCAUUCACAAAACCAGAAGUGAAAUAAAAUAAUUUGUCUUCAUAACUUCUCUCUUCUCCCUUUCCUUUUCCCCUUCCUUAUCCCUUGAAAAUAACAACUUGGGCUUCGAUAUUAAAAUAUUCUGAAAAAAAAAAAUAAAAAGAUAAACUGAUAUUUGUCAUUUGCUUAUUUAUUUUAUGUUCAGUGCCUUAGGCAGGAUAUCCUGCUUGUGCACAUCCAUUGUAUGUACAGGUAUAUGAAAUAGAAAUGUGAGAGAAAAAUUGGUCCUUUGUAAAGGAUUUUUCAAUUACGAUGAUGUAAGACAUAGUUUGAAUGACUUCUGAUGUAACUCAAGUAUUAGUCAUCUUAUACUAGUAAAAUAAAACUAGGUGUUGUAUAUUAA